AUGUUUCAGGUGGAUGAGAACUACACACGCGUGUCAGAGUUUGUCAUUGUGGGCUUCCCAAGUCUCCAGCCGGAGUAUUUUGACCUGGUGGCGUGGUUCUUCUUCUUCCUCUAUGUGACCACAGUGGUGGGCAACCUCCUGCUGGUAGUGGUGUUUGCUUUGGAGCACAGUCUCCAAAAGCCUAUGUACAUCAUCAUGGUCAGUCUGGCCCUCUCAGACACUGGUAAAUAUAAUACUGUUUGUUUUUCCACGGUGGCUUUACCAAAACUAAUCGCUCGUUACUGGUGGAAUGAUGGGAGUCUUGGCUUUCACACUUGCCUCUUCCAAGAGCACAUGAUCCACUACUUUGGCUCCUUGAACUCCCUGAUUCUAUUGACCAUGGCCCUGGACCGAUAUCUGGCCAUCUGUUUUCCUCUCAGAUACCCGAUGGUGAUGACAAACCAAACCAUGACAGGCCUGACUCUCUUCUGCUGGGUGGUGGCACACAUAUUCUCCGGCAUUAGCACCAUCAACUUUGCUAUGAUGCCGUUUUGUGGGCCCAACCAAAUCAUACACGCCUUCUGUGACACUAUGUCACUCACACCUCUGGUGUGUGGGGACUCCAGACAAGGAUUCAGGGCCGCCUUUGCCACAGCGAUGUUUAUUCUUUAUGUUCCUUUAGCAUUCAUCAUCUUCUCGUACAUCUGCAUAAUCAUCUCAGUGUUGGGCAUGGCCACUAGACAGGGCAGAAUGAAGACUUUCUCUACCUGUGCCACCCAGGGUUGUAUCAUUUCCAUCUACUACAUACCUCGUUUCUUUGUCUACUCUACACCUUUCUUUCCUAACCUGACAAUGACCCCUGACAAGCGUAUAGCCACCACCCUCUUCUACAGCCUUUUCCCUCCACUGAUCAACCCAUUCAUCUACUGUCUGAGAACCAAGGAGAUCAAGCAAAUAUUCAGACGCUGGGUCCAGAAACGAAAGGGAAUCACGCCUACCAAGCAUGGCCAAAUUGUUGCUAUGACCAUGUCACACUAG